CUAUUCUCCACCUCUAUUAAAUAUCUCCCAGCUGUAUCUCCCACAAAAAUAAAUAAAGCAAUAUAUUUCAAUUAAAAAAGCCAAAUAAAUAUUAAUAAGGUGUAAAUAAGCAACAACCCUUCUCUCCUGGCGUUUGUCUGGUGGAAAGGACUGCCAAGAAUCCUUUGGCAACCUGAAUUUAAAUAAAUAAACAAAAAAUCUAGUUACGAUGGCCCACUAUAAGGGAGCUGCCAGUGAGGCGGGCCGCGCCGCCCAACUGAUGAAGAAACGCGAGAUCCAGCAGCAGGAGAUUGAGUUCCGCAAGAAGAAAAUAGAAGAGGAGCUGAAGCUGGACAAGAUUGAGAACAAGUUCGCCACCCACUACGAUGCCGUGGAGCAGCAGCUCAAGUCCUCGACUAUCGGUCUGGUUACGCUGGACGAGAUGAAGGCCAAGCAGGAGGACAUAGUGCGAGAGCGAGAAAAAAAGCUGGCCCAGAAGAAAGAUGAGAAGGACAGGGAGAAACAGCGGGCCCUGGAGGCCAUUCAGGCGGAGAAGAACAAGCAAAAAAGACAAAUUCAGGCCUUGUCCUUCAACAUGGAGGAUGAUGAAGAUGGGGAUGGGGAUGAUGACGACGAUAAGGAGCUGGAAAAGGAGGAAAAGCCCAAGCCCAAGUGGACAGAAAUGAAAGACGACAUAGUGCCGCUUAAAAAGAAAAAAAUCUGCAAAAACCCGGACGUGGACACCUCCUUUUUGCCAGACCGCGAGCGUGAGGAGCAAGAGAACCGGUUGCGAGAGCAACUUCGCCAGGAAUGGGUCAUGCAGCAGGCGGAGCUAAAGGACGAGGACAUCUCAAUCACGUUCAGCUACUGGGACGGCUCUGGUCACCGACGCAAUGUGCUCAUGAAAAAGGGCAACUCCAUCUACCAGUUCCUUCAAAAGUGUCUAGAGCUACUGCGCAAAGAAUUCAUCGAACUAAAGACCGUCAUGGCCGACCAGCUGAUGUACGUCAAAGAGGAUCUAAUCCUGCCGCACCACUAUUCAUUCUACGACUUUAUUGUCACAAAGGCGCGUGGCAAGUCAGGUCCCCUCUUUCAGUUCGAUGUCCAUGACGAUGUGCGCAUGAUCAGCGAUGCUUCGGUUGAAAAGGAAGAAUCCCACGCCGGUAAGGUCCUACUCCGUUCCUGGUAUGAGCGCAACAAGCACAUAUUCCCUGCCAGUCGCUGGGAACCUUACGAUCCCACCAAGUCCUAUGACAAGUAUACGAUCAAAGACAAGGACAAGAGCAAAAAGUAGUGGCCCAUCAGUGGCUUUAAGGUUUA